GCUAUUUUGAAAAGGUUUCCAACGACGCCGGGUCAUAUGUGCCGUACAGUUUAUAAAUGAGCAUUGGAAAUAAAAAAUAUUCUCAGAUCUCUAGUUUCAGGCCUAAUGAUAGAGAUGUACCCCGAGCUCCUGCGCUGCCAAAUAGAACUUCAGCACGUAGUUGGCAUAAAAGCGAAUCAAGUAGUAAAGAAAUGAAGAAGUUAAGCAAAGAGCUGCCUCAUGUAAAAAGUUGUGCUUCGAAAUUCCAACAAAGUAAUCAGAAACAAUUAGUAAACAUCACACCAUCUGCUUGCAUAUCCAAGUUCUCUCUUAAAUCGGUUAACGACAAAGAAAUCAAGCAUUUAAAUUUUAAUAGAAUAACAAACAUUCAAAUUGAUGUAAAACCGUCCACUACUUAUACUUCAGCCGCUACAAAUAAUACACAUAGGUUAAAACGUUCAAUAAUUCGAAAAGAUGAAAAGGAUUUUUUAAGCAGUUUUGAGAAAAAAUAUUCUAUACACAAUUAUAAUCCUUUAAAAUUAAAUAAUAACUGUCAUAUAAGUAAACCAGAUUACAAACAUGCUCUUAGCUUGACAACUGGCAAGUCAGAACUGGUAAAAAAGGUGUCAGUUAGUCAAUCUGAUCAUUCUAAGUGUAGUAAUUAUCUUUCAUUAAAUGGAAGUCAGUUAUCUUCAUGGUUAUUGCAGUGUGACAAUGCUUCUACGACAUUACAUAAUAAAAAAGAAGCGAUAGAUUCAACUCCACGAGGAUACGUCAACAGCUAUUUAUCUUCACAGCCUUUUAUAAGACAAUCAACUAAUGUAGUAGUUGAGUCAGGAAAGAGCAUUGAUUUCAAUGAGCAGAAAUCAAAUGGGAAAGCUAAACGUGUUUCAAAUGAGUUGAAUACAAUCAGUUCAGGGUAUUCUAUAAAAAAACAUAAUAAUCGCAAUCACAAAACCUACAACAAACCAACAAACAUCAAUGCUUCGAAAUAUUAUCGAUGUUCAGAAAUCGAGCCGAGUGAGCAGUUAAUUGAUAAUGAAUCUGAUGAGAACGUAAAUUCUAGUGCUGCCAAGUAUUAUGAUAUUAACUCUACAAAUGUAACAGAUUGGGGUAGUGUUUCUUCAUCUGAAUGGGGUGAUGAUAUGUGUGAGUUUGAUCGUCAACAAUCUUUCCGUGUACAUGAAAUGUUUGAGGAAAUCGAUCGGAUUUUAUUUGAUAACUCGAAUCUAGAUCUACAAGAUUCAAUACUGAGGUAUACAUCAAUAACAACAACAAAUGUUUACGAUGAACCGUCUCAGCAUAUCAAUACUUCAAAUAUUAUCAAUUCGCCUUCAUGCACGGAUGAUUAUGAUUCAAUGGGUUUAGAUAAUUUUGCAUUAAUGUCUUUAGAUUCAAUUGAAAAUCGAAAUCCACCUUAUCAGUAUCCUGAUCAUCUUAAUUCAUCAGUUACCAACUGUAUAAAUAAUAAUCCUUGUGGAAUUCAAGAUCAUUUAUUUUAUGAAUGUAAAGACUGGUUAUCUCGAUUCCCACAUUUACGUGUUGUUGGUAAACAAAUAAAACUUUCUGAUGAAAAUAAAUCUACUUUUCAUCAUGAUGAUAGUAAUCUCAUAUCAGAGUUCUCUAACAUGAUUAACGUAUCAAGCACAAUCAUGGAUACAUCUCUGAAUAUGAAGAAAGUUAUCACUGACAGAAGGUUAAAUCAUAUACAAAGUGAAACGGGGAAAAUUGAAGAACAUCUUUCUAGUUCACUAACAUCCACUAACUGCAUGGAGGAAGAGAUAUUCGCUAUAGAUGGUGAGUAUAAAGAAUUUACGGAUGGUGUAACCGUAAGCAGCAAAUACAAUCCAACUUGCAACAUCGAACAAAGUAAACAAUUAUCAUCAUACGAUCAUACGCAUAUUCAAGAUAAAUUGUUAUUUGAUCGUAAAGAGCCUAAGAUUUCGAAGUCCCAUCAAAGUAACAAAAAUCAUGGUCAUCAUAAGUAUCACGGUUAUCAUCAUUUUAGACAUAAACACAAAGAAAAAUCGAAUCCUGCUCCAACACAUUCGAAUUCAGAAGAAUAUAAUGACAAAUUAUGCAUCUUACCUGAUGCAGUAUCUAAUUCGUGUUUCCCUUUAUCGCCUUGCAUAGCAUUGGAAAGGGUUAAGCAACCUGAUAGUUUGGAUAAUUGUCAUUCGGAAAGCGACUUCACUUCCCCACUAUUAAAUUCAGUUGAAAUGAUUCUUAGAAUAAUAUCUCAGCAGUUAUGGAAUGAUCUUACACAGUGGAUGAAGAUGUUAUUAUCUGAGAAUACGUUUCCGAACUUUGACAAAUAUGAAACUAAUGGAAUUAGUCAGAAAGCUUCUCACAGUCCAUUUCAAUCUCAUCUGCUACACGAUACCACUUUUUCACGAUGCGAUUCAUCAGUUGGUGAUGCACAAAAUCCAUCCGCUUUGCCAUCAUUUCGACUAUUUAAACAAACAAAGCAUUCCAAUUCAGAUACACCAAAUUGCCUCAUCGGUCAACACACUGUACAAACUCAUGAGUCAAAUAUUGAACUUGCCGAUCUAUUGCAAAUUUCAACCAAAACACUUCAAACACGUGAAAAGUCGUUAGUUCAGGAAAAUAUUGAUCCUUUUACUAAAAUACAGUACACUGGAAGUAACACAAUUUUGAAAGACUCUACAAAUAAUCAUUCAAUAUCUUCUGUAGGUGGUUCACAGUUGACAUCAGUGACUAUGACAACCAUUACUACAGCAUUAUCUCGUAUAAGUCCCCAAUCUAUUGGAACUAUUUCUAUCAACAGGCCAAUAUCCAGUUUAAACAAUAAAUCUGCAACCAAUGUUCCACGUAAAUUUAUCCUUACGUGUAAUAAUUCUGUGCCUGAAAUAUCUCAUCAUAGCAGAACCAGUGGAGUUGCUGUUAUUGGUGUUGCCGCUAACUUAUACCAUAAUGAAAAACUUGCUCCAUUAGAUAGAUUACGUACACCUCUACCACCACAAUACUCUUCUAUAUCGGAGGAACCAUCGUUUAGCACAGUAUCAUCAACAACCGCAAACAUACAUUUUACAAAUACAGAGACUUCUCUUAACUCUACCUGUUCGGCAAGUUUAGCAAAAUGUCAUAAUUUAAAUGUUAGUCAGUUACUGUCCCCUGUAACAGUAAGUAAUGCCUUAACUUCACUCCCACUAGUAAUAACAACAACAAUACUGCACACCGUACCUAAUUCAAUAAACAGCAGUAGCCAAAUUCUGUCGGUGAAUACAACCAGUAUGAUGAAUGAAACUACAAGUUCAGGGAAUUUCACGUUACCCCCGUUGUCUAAUCCAAUAAACAUUUUAUCAACCGUCACCACAGCUAUAUGUUUUCCUCCAUCCAACUCUUUAAAUAUAGAAUCAAGCCUGCCAAAUCCGAAGAUUAAUUUAUUUACAAAUAAUAAAACUGGAUUUGGAAUAUAUCAAGGUAGUGAACAAAGUAACCAGCAUACAACACAUUUGCAUAAAAAAAUAUGUGAGAAUUUAGUUGCGAAACAGAACAACAUUAGCAAUACUCUUGGGAACACAUCUAUUUUUACACAAAGAAUCCCAUCGAAAUUGUCUAUGCAUUGGAAUCAAAAUUCUCCAAAGCAAGCUUCAUUUCCUUUACCACCUAUUGAUAUAUUUAAAGACCGAUUUGGAAGAAAACAAAAGCUAUGGCGACCAUACAGUUCAAGACCGUUAUUAUUAAAUAAACCAAUUACGAAUCCUUCUAGUAUGUUGACAAGAGCUUGCUCAACAUUGUUAAUUCAAAACCCUGAAAUUUAUAAUGACUCAUGCUCAAUAAAAAUAAGUAGGUUAUGCUUCAUCUGUGUUUGCGCUUAUAUUUUGAAUAAAUGAAUAGCAUAAAAAUUGCCUAAAGACUCAAUAACAGUCGUUAGAAUACACUCCUAUGAAUGAUAAUGCAGCCUUCUGACUGACAAAAAAGCGAUCAUCAUUGAUCAUGAGAAACAAGUGAUACUUUUUUCAUUUAGGUUCUUUUUAGUGGAUUCACAUUACGUAAUUUUUUAACUGAUAUCUGUCUGAACACAACAAUGCUAAAUACUAUUGACACUCGUGACUAAGGUUCCGCAGUUUAGGCCGAUUGAAAUUGCUCCUUAAAACAUUUGUACACAGGCUUUCAAAUACUCAUCACUGAACACAAUCAUAAUGAGAACUGAACCGCAUGUUUGAAAAAAAAAGAUCGAAUUUUCAAACCCCUACUAACUUUAUUAUCCUAAUCUACAGAGCAAUAAUCUAACUGUCUCAAACUAUUGAUGUCAUUGUGUAUUUUCAACGAUCUCUCCAAACAAUAUCUGAACUGUAACUUUCUAUUAUUUUCUUCAUAGAACCUAAUUUAGUUUCAUCAUACCACUGGUCCAACGUGCAAUAUUUACUGUUCUUUUAUUACUUUCUUCCAGUUACUUUUUUCUUCCCUUUCUGUCUCUAAUAAGGUCCAGCAAUUUUUAUUGGCUCUACAACUAACCCCAUAAGAGGUAAUGAUGCAGUUACACGUUAAUGAUUACAUCCAAAUUAUUAUUAACAUGAAGUUAAGCAGAGAUGUGUUCGUGAGUGAUCGAGCCAAGCAAAGGAUAUCUUCAUCUUCAGGCGUUUCAAGAAAGGAAACUAUAAAACAGUUUUAUGUUUGUUGCAGGUAGAUAGAAAGAAUAAUCUUUAUGAACCGUUAUAUAUAUAAUGUGCAUUUUCACAUAUGUAUAUCCACGUAUUACUAAUCACAUUUAUUAUUCUGCAACUGACCAUGUAUUUGAGUUUAGCUGUAAAUAAGAAAUCAACGUAUUUAAAUCAUUUAUGAACCGAGAAAACUAAUUAAAUAUGUAUUUUUUUAAACUUGUUUAAACUCAUUUGUGUCAAGACAUGUAUAUAUUAAAAUAUAUAUUGUCUUUAAUAAUUAUGUAAUUAUGCAGUCAGUUGAUUACAUUUAAUGGUAAAAUUAGAGAGCAGCUGAUUACAGAUUGGUCCUCGUAAUCAGAACCUAAUAUUAACCAGUAACGACUAAUGAAAGUGGACACCGAUAACUAUAAUAUACAUAUAAGAGAAUAGUAUUGUUUGUGAUUAGAUUUUUGCCAGGUUUUGUUUACUCUGAUUUGAAAUAAUAUGUUUAUCCAUAUAUUUAAAAAAUAUUAAACAAGUCUAAGCGCUUGGUGAGUUAUUGACUACAACUAAAUAGACUACAUAACCAUUCGUAAUAAAUAGAAAGUAUGCACUGAUAGUAAGAUGACAUCAGCAUCUGUAGUGAUCAAAAUAAUAACAAUAAUAAUUUCAGCAGAGGAAGUAUGUUGAAACUUGAAAAAAUCGUGUGAUAAAAUGUAUAUGGAUAAUCAGUUUAAAUACUUAGGUAGUGAAUAUCAGAUGAGAAAGAGAUCAAGCGAAUCAAGGGUUGAUGUAAAAAAAUAGUCUAAUCGCCUACUAGACGUUUUCUAACCAUAGAGUGGAUAACGUCAUUGCAAGUCUCUUCGAUACAAAGAUUAGAGUUGCUAGCUUGGAUAUUCAUAGUCUCUCCUGAAGGUAAAAGGCGAGGUCGCAUCCUAUUAGGAAGACUUGAGGGUAUACUAUGAAUACUUCGAUUUUAUCGAGCACAUGACCACCAUUUAUCAAGUGUGACAGAAAAGUUCUGCGUAUAGAUUUUGUCUGACCGUUUACAAUGAGAGAUGCUCGCCAAUUUGACUGUUAGUGUGGCCAUAUGACUUUCUCAACAUGACUAGCUGAACUCAUAAAUACAUAUUGAGACGAUAAGACUAGGUAACAUAUUCUUCAAUUAAGGAACUGGUAAACGACAAAUAGAUAUUAUGUGCACACGAUGUCUUUUUCACAGCCCUGCUUAAUCUAUCGUAUCACACAUCACUAGUUAUAUUGCCGUUAUAUUGUAGCUUCAGGAAGAAAGGGUCUUUACAAACAGCUCAUGGAUUUGACUUCCUCUUAGUUGUUGAUAUAUGCUUAUUCAUAAGACUCUGUGAGUAACCUAUUCUAAUUAACAAAUUAUGUAUAACCGCAGUUCUUUAUUUUUAGCGUCGUAUGAGCAUUUGCUCUGUUUGAAAGGCAUUUAAUUCGGUUUCUAUUGUAAUGUAUAGGUAAGAAGUUAAAAACCACUGUGUACCAACACUCAAGUAAACGUUAACUAUGAGCGCCGCUACUGACAAACUCAUUUUCCUUUCAGUUUAACAAGACGUCUAAGAAGUGCUAUUUACUGUCAAGUUCCUCACGAGUAAACAUGUUUGUCGAGAGAACACUGUGAAUUUACCCUACUAUUUCUCAUCGAAUACUCUAAUAGACGUUGAUCAAUAUAUAAUCCAACCUACCAGCAAUCUCCUUAAUAUAUUCAUUUAAUUUUGCAAGAAAAAAAGUCAAGUAAGAUAGAGCCUAAACGUGAUCCUUUAUCUAUACUAUCAAUUUGUCUUUCACAAAUUGUUUUAGAAGGAAUGAACGUAUAUUGUGUAUCUUUAAUGUAAUUAUUUGAAGCUAGCCUUCGAAAUUCUAAUAUUGGUUUUCCUGAUAGCCGUUAAAACACAAUCGACUAUCUCGAUUAUUAAUAAGAAACUGUUCACUUAAAUGUCUUGUUCUAACCUAAAUUUAUCAUGCUAUACAAUGCAGUCGUAGAGUUUGCAGUAAUACUAAUAGCUAAGUGACUCAACACUACAAUUUACCUUAUUUUGUUCAAACUUAAUAUGUCCAAACUAUAUGUCCCUGCUAUACGUGGAAAUCACGAUUUGGUUCUCCGAUUUUUUCUGCCCCUAAUUCAUAAGACCUUUGAAUCCAUAACUAAAAGUGAUUGGUUUUUGUCUUUGAGAUAGCAUGCAUAUUUUAUAGGUUUUUUUUACCUUUAUCACUAUACUAUAUUUAAACCGAUAAAUAAUAUUGCUAGAAAUUAUAGAUAUGCGGAGUUUGAUAUUUUAGGUUGCUAUGUCGAAUUUUUUAGUGAUGAACCAGAGAUUGAUUUGCAUUUAUGCUUUCUUAUAUCAUUCGUUCAAGAGCUUUCAGCAAUAUUUGAGCUGGUACUUGGAUUGUUUUUCUGGAGAUUUCCGAAGUAGUAUUUUCAUGGGGCAGUUUGAGUUGAUCGUUGAAGUAAUGUAUAUUUUCUUAGUAUCUUACAAUCUGUAUCUUUCGGACUGAUUACUGCAGUUACUGUUUGAAUUUAUACUUUUUUACCGUUUACUAAUAGUUUUUACUGAUACUUAGCAAUAUUUUCUAUAAAUCAACACGUUGCAUGUUACCUGCAUUAAACGAUAGUUUGUAUCUUAGUUGAAAACAAUGUUUGUACCAAUAAAAACUAUUCAGUU